CACAAACAUUCAAACAAUAGCUAGCCAUGAGGUCAAUUCAUCCUCGCAUCUCUUUUCCUACGAAAUUCAACUCUUUAUGUUGCUACUUGGCAGUAGUGCAACGUCAAAACCACCAUAUCCACCUAUCUCCUUCCGCAUCUUCAUCAAGAAGCCCUCAAAAUGAUGAAAGCCUCAUUUCUCUUGUCAAAUCGACUACUCAAACACUUCAUCUCCUCCAAAUCCAUGCUCAAACCAUACGCACUUCUCUAUGUCGUGACCGCAGGGUUUUCUCGGCUUUCUUAACUCGCAUCUCACUUCCGCCCUUUCAAGAUUUGGGUUAUGCUCGGAGGAUCUUUGAUGAAUUCCCGCAACGGAAUGCGUCAUCUUACAAUAUAAUGAUCAGGGCUUAUGCGAUUGGGAACCUGCCCACGUUAGGCUUAGAGCUGUAUAGGGAAAUGCUUCCCCUGGGCAUAUCUCCAGACGCUUUGUCACUGUCGUUUGCAAUCAAAUGUGCGGUAAAGGUUGGUUCUUUUAAUGGAGGAAUGCAGAUUCACGCACGUGUUCUUAGGGAUGGACAUCAAUCUGACAGUCAUUUGCUCACAUCUUUGAUGGACUUAUACUCAUCUUGUAAGAAGUACAGUGACGCUUACAAAGUGUUUGAUGAAAUGUAUGUAAAGGACACUGUUUCUUGGAACAUGUUGAUAGCCUGCUUCAUGAAAAAUCGCCGCCCUCACAAUGCUUUACACAUUUUCGAUAUGAUGAUGCAGAAUUCAAAUGCGUGCCAACCAGAUGAUGUCACCUGUCUGCUAGCACUUCAGGUGUGUGCACAGAUAAAUGCGUUGGAGUUUGGGGAAAGAAUUCACAAAUACAUCUUAGAACAUGCUUAUGAAGAUUCAUUGAAUAUAUGUAAUAUGCUUAUAACAAUGUAUUCACGUUGUGGGUGUGUUGAUAAGGCCUACGAGGUGUUCAGUAAAAUGCCCAGGAAAGACGUUGUGUCUUGGAGCGCAAUGAUUUCGGGUUUGGCAAGCAAUGGCUAUGGCAGAGAUGCCAUUGAUGCUUUUAAAGAGAUGCAGGCAGCAGGCAUUACACCAGAUGGUCACACUUUUACUGGGGUUCUUUCUGCUUGUAGUCACUGUGGUCUUUUAAACGAGGGACGGAUGUUCUUCGACAGAAUGAGUACACAAUUUAGGAUUAUGCCUAAUGUUCAUCACUAUGGGUGUAUGGUUGAUCUCAUGGGCCGUGCAGGUCUACUCCAGGAGGCAUAUGAAUUUGUAAAAUCCAUGAGAAUUAAACCAGAUGCAACAAUGUGGAGGACACUAUUAGCAGCUUGUAAAAUUCAUCGCGCUCCCACCCUAGGUGAAAGAGUUAUCGAACAUUUGAUUGAGCUGAAGGCCGAAGAAGCUGGAGAUUAUGUGUUGUUGUUGAAUACAUAUAGUUCUUCUAGCGGUGAUUGGGAUAAUAAGGUGGUUUACUUGCGGAAAUUGAUGAAAGAAAGGGGAAUCUAUACAACUCCAGCUUGCAGUACAAUAGAGAUGAAAGGGAAAAUCCAUGAAUUUAUUGCAGAUGAUGUUUCACAUCCUAUGAGAAGUGAGAUCUAUGAGAAGUUGGAUGAGAUCAAUAAGCAACUUACAAUUGGUGGAUAUGUGGCUGAAAUAACAUCAGAGGUGGAAGAAAAGAGGUUUAGAUCGUCUUUUCACAGCGAGAAGUUGGCGAUUGCUUUUGGCGUACUGUCAACUCCACCUGGAACUACAAUAAGAGUUGCCAAAGACCUCAGAAUUUGUGUUGACUGCCACAAUUUUGCCAAGUCCCUUUCUGGGGUGUACAACAGGGUGGUAGUUAUUAGAGACCGCACUCGCUUCCACCACUUCCGUGGGGGCUACUGCUCUUGCAAUGACUACUGGUGAGGUAAAAAUGUGUUUGACACUGUGAGCUGAAGAAUGAGGCUAAUGUUUCUAUAUACAUGAUUGUAGAAUUACUACUGCAAAUGGAAUUCAAGAUGAAAAAACACAUUAUACUCCCUCCGUUUCAUAUCAGUUCGCAUCUCAGUUAGCACAAAGUAUAGAGUAGUGACGGCAUGUGGGGAAUAGACAAAUGGGAAAGUAAAAAGGUAAGGUGCUAUUCCAAACCAAAAGCCACUCUAUGUCACUUACUGCUGAAACAGCUUAUGUUUGUUUCUGUUUGCUAGUGUAAUUUCGUUUUGGGCCCUAGAGAGGGUGGGAUAAGAAUUGCUGAUUUCUGUAGAUAUAGGCAGAAAUUUAGUGUAUGUAAUUCCGAUUUCAUAUGUCAAUUCAUGUUAGAAUUUUUAAUAUUGCAGAGGGUGCAACUCUAGUAUUAUUCAUAAUGUAUCUUAAUUAUUGCAGAAUAUUUAAUAUUAUCAUUUAGAAUCUUCCAUAAUAUGGCAACUGUGAUUAUUAUCACUGAUAUAUAAAUUCAUGUGAUUUGUAUGGUGGAAGCUAAUUAAAGGGAAUGGCGGAAUGCUUGGUUAAGAUGAGAGCCUAUGACACAGUUAGUUGUCGAGAUAAUAUUUCCAAGUCGAGUGUUUUUUUGCUGCUCCACUAUUGGAAUUCGGAAUGUUUUUUAACUUUUGUUGUUGAAUUCAGAUAUCUAAGUCUUGGUGGAGGCCAAAGUCAAUGCAAUCCAUGAAUUGUGGACUGCAGACUAAAGUGUCAGCCUCAUGUUCUGUCCCGGAUGCUAUUUGGUGUACUAAUGAUCCUGUCCGUUGUUUGUUUGCUUUUCCAGCAUUCUGCCACCUCACAUCAUACCAUGCCUGUUACUUACAUACUGUUAUUAACUUAUUAUUAUUAGGACCAGGCUGUGGCCUUGCAGGAAAAGCUGUGUAUCGACACAUUGAGAGGGAAUGGGUAUGAUUGGCUAAUCUACUGGCUAAUGAACCUGUCCAGCACGAGAUUAAACCGAAGAAAGGGUAUCCCAGGCAUUUUUAGUGGUGUUGUCACGGGUGAUAAGAGAAACAACAGAGGAUUGAAAGUAUCAAUAGGGCGCCAAAAAGAAGAUAAUUUUGGCGAAUCCAGGAUGCAUAGGCUGGGUUGGGGUGGUGACACCAUUGGUAGUGUGUGUGGCAGGAGGACACAAAUGAGAUCCAUCCAGAAAACCUCCAAGGCUGUAACCGGUGAGAAUAGAUUGGACUUGUAAUUGCCAAGAGAUAUAGUUGGUCGGAAAGAGUUCGAUAACAUUCCCAAGAUUGAUAGAGAUGAGAGGUUUAUGAGGUUUUGAGGUGUUCGGAAUGUGGACAUAAGUGGAGAUCUGAUCAGAUGUGAUUUCAGCAUCAUUGGAGAGCGGCAGAGAAGCCUUACGAAAGAUGAAAGAGGCUCUAAAAAAGUAGGUAGUUUGAAUCAAGUAGUGAUUUCAUGUAAAAUUUAGGAAAACAAAUAAUGUAUAUUCACACUUAUCAUUUGAAGUAUACUUGAGCUAGUAUAUAUAGGAGUAUAAUAAAGAGAGAAAGUCUAUGUAACUAACUAUCGAAAAAUAUUACAUUUAAGAGUAUUAAAUACAUAAUUAUAAUUUAUGAUU